GUUUGUCACGAGAUGUUGGUUCCAGAUUCCUUGCAACUAGUUCGCAAGUAACGCCUUGUGGUUCUGCGUUGCGUGGCGCCUAAAGCGUUCCAUGCGGAACGUAUUUCCGACGUGAGAGUGAAACCAGCAUGGGAAAGAUAAAGAUUGGAAUCAUCGGUGGCACUGGCCUGAGUGAUCCUGAUAUUUUAAAAGAAGGAAAAGAAAAACAAGUUUCAACACCAUUUGGAGAGCCCUCAGAUGCCUUAGUUGUUGGUAAAAUAUCUGGAGUGGAGUGUGUUUUGUUAGCAAGGCAUGGUAAGAAACACACUGUCAUGCCAACAAAUAUCAACUAUCGGGCAAACAUUUGGGCUCUGAAGGAGGAGGGCUGCACUCAUGUUGUUGUCACUACAGCAUGUGGAUCUUUAAGAGAGGAAUAUAAACCUGGAGAUCUGGUGUUUCCAGAUCAGUUCAUUGAUCGGACCACUAAAAGAGUUUCUACAUUUUAUGAUGGUAAAGAAGGAAGCCCAGCUGGAAUCUGUCACAUGCCCAUGCAUGAACCUUAUUGUCGUCAUGUUAGAGAGAUUCUUGGUGAAGUUGCCAAAGAAUUGAAUGUAAGUCAUCACAGCUCAGGAACCAAUGUUGUUGUGGAAGGUCCUCGCUUCUCAUCUAAAGCUGAAAGCAAAAUGUUUCAAAUGUGGGGAGGAGACAUCAUUAAUAUGACAGCUGUUCCAGAAGUAGUCCUGGCUAAUGAAGCUGGUCUUUGUUAUGCUGCUAUUGCUAUGGUUACUGACUAUGACUGUUGGAGAGAUGAUCAUGAACCAGUAAGUGUGGAAUCAGUAAUGGCAAUCUUUAAAUCCAAUGUGGAAAAUGUCAAAAAGCUUCUGUUAGCAGUAAUUCCUCGCAUUGCUGCAAAAGAAUGGGAUGACAUCAUUGAACAACGACAGGCUGCAACCACAAGCAACACUAUGCAACAUGGAACCUGAUCUUCCCAAAAGGAUGUAGCAAAAACAAUGUUGGAUCUUGAGGAUUUUUCAAGUUGACAUUGGGAAAUAAGGGAAACAGAAACCCUUUUACAUGGGCUUCUUUAAGAAAAUGUGAAGUAGAAGUGUAUGGAAUGUUUCGAAAGUAUGGCAUGUAUAUUUAUGUCUAAGUUUACAACUGGAAUAAUAAAUAUGUCGUUUUACUGGUGUUGUCAUUCAACCAUUGUAAAGUCAGAUCUAGAAAGGCUGAAGGACUCAUCAGCUGCAAGGUUGUUGCAUAAAAUAACUGAUAAUGUCAAAGAAAAUGUGCAAGAUUCCUAACACUAAAUGAGAUUCUAGUCCUUAUUGCUUUCAUUUGUGAUGAAGAGUCAAUCAUUUAUAGGUAAUAAUUUAUUCCUUUGUUGUUCUUUUUAGGCACACCUAAUAACUGGUACAUAAUAAUUUAAUUAAUAUCCACAUUUGGAAAUGGUUAAAUGUCUUCACUGCCAAAUUGAGAUAAUAAACCAAAAAAGGCUUGAAAAUCAACUGGUGCUAUUCUGUGAAGCUUUUAACAGGAAAAGGGAACUUUUCAUUAUUUAUCAGAUGAGUUGGGGGGGGGGGGAGUGAGAGGGUGAGUGUGAGAAAAUAAGGGAUUGAAACUAUUGUGAACUUGGAGGAGGGGUCUUUAAGUAGCUGAAGGGCUAGUUAGGGAAGACCUAAG